AUGGCCAAGCGACGAGAACAACAAUCAAUAAAAAAAACCAAACCAACAACUGGAAAUAAAUCAAAAUCACCUAAAGGAAAAAAAGCUGGUCCAAAACAUGGAACUAAACAAGCAAAAUCUCAAGUUUCAAAAAGAUCAGUUUCACCAUCAUCAUCAUCAUCAUCAGUAAAAAAACAAGGUCAUAAAAAAGGACAUAAACAACAAGGAAAAUCACCCAGUAAAUUUAAUCUUUAUAUGAAAACGACUGUACCAAAAAUCAAGCACGAUCAUCCUGGUAUAGCACAUAAAGAUGCAUUUAAGAAGGCUGCAGAACAAUGGGCUGCAUCACCAGAUAAUCCAAAAAAUAAACAUCAUUAA